GAGACAGCCACGAAUGCGCCAGGCCUGACUUGCAGCGGCCAGCGCACCUGCUGCUCACCCAUCCAUCCUCGAGGCUACGACCUCCGACGCCCAUCAUGUCUCUCAUCAUCACCUUGUUCGCUCUUGUCUUCGUAACAGAACUGAUCUCAUGGAUUGGCAAGUCUGUAUUACUCGAAUUUGCCUACGCGAUCUACCUGCGGAUAUUCCACUCGAGCGCGGUGGCGCGCCAACGAAAACUCAAGUCAGAGAUACUUGUAGCAAAGAAGGAGCUGCUGCAGACGAGUGCGCAGGACCAGUUUGCAAAGUGGGCAAAGCUGAGGCGGGGUGUGGACAAGGGGUUAGCAGACCUGGAGAAGCUCAAUAGCGAACUGUCCUCCGCGAGGUCGUCCUUUUCGCUCAAAUUCAGCACCGUCGUCUGGGUCUUGACGGCAGGCCUCCAGUUCUUCGUCGGCUGGUGGUACCGGAAAUCCGCCGUGUUCUAUCUUCCGCCAGGGUGGUUCGGGCCCCUUACAUGGUGGCUGUCGUUCCCGUUCGCGCCUGCAGGCUCGGUGAGCUGUGGGGUGGGCGAGCGGGUGGUGAAGGAGUUGGCUGCGGGUACGGGCACAGAGUCUGUGCCGGUUCCGUCGGAACGCAAGGAGAAGGCAGAAUAGGUGGACCCCGCGUGCGGGUAGGAUCCGGGCUGUGGGGUAGCCUUGGCUAUGAUGUAUAGUUAGAGAGGCCGGUGUAUGGAUGGACGUUUAUCCUGCUGCUGAGACCGUGUUUAGCGGACGGGCGAGGGCCCGUGAUGGGUGCCACAAGGAAGAGUGGGACUAGGCUCCCAUCGACGUUCUCCUGAGGGGUCCCAGGCAGGUGCGAAGACUCGGGGGAAUCACACUGGAGACGAAAGGAGGAUAGCAGCGAGGCGUGGAUCCCCCGAGAGUCCGAAGACCCGACUGCGUUCUGUGGACACGUUCGCGGUCACGGAAGGCAUCCCUUGGCCUCCGCAGGCCAUCCCGCCUGCGUGGCUGCGGGCCCGGGAACGCAGUCGGCCGAGUGUGCUGGGGUUGGCGCGCGGAG